UUCAUGUCUCCUGGAGAUAAAGCUUGAAAUUUUAGGGUUUUGGUGUUUAAAUUAAACCUAAAAGCUUUGGCUUAGUAGCUUUGUUUAAUGAGUCUUAAAGUCUCUCUCUAAUGUAAUUUUUUUCAAAAUGGAAACUGUAUCUAUUUGUCUGUGUGGGAACCAUCUCCUUAUCUUCUGUUUUGUGGUGUCAAUUUUGAGUUUUGUCUAGGUUGUCGGAAUGUUCCAUUUUCUCUAAAGUGUGUUGUCCUUUACAUACUUGUGGCAUAUUGGUGGUUGCUGGAAUGUGUUAAUUAGUGAUAGACCUCAAUUUUCAUGUUUCAGGUACAACUAGGGAUGAGUUCUGUCUCUAUGACUUCAUUGAAUUGUCUUCCAGACGAACUUCUUGUCCAAAUCUUGUCCUUCCUUCCAACCAAACGGGCCGCUUCAACUUCUGUUCUCGCCAAGAGGUGGAGGACUUUGUUUGUUAUCCGGCAGAAUCUCGACUUUGACGACUCCGACUUUUUGAACUGGGAAGAUGUAGGUGAAGAUGAUAUGGACGAAAUCAGAGAGAGUUUCAAGGAUUUUGUGGAUAGAACAUUGGAUUUGCAAGGCCCUCAACCUAUCAACAAGGUCUCACUUAAAUGUGGAGAGGAACCUGGCGAGGAUCAUGUUGACGACUGGAUAAUAAAUACCCUUGACCGAGGUGUCUCUGAGCUGCAUCUAUGCUUAACAUUUCAUAGGCGGACUCAUUUUCCAUCCAAUUUAUUCGUCAGCAAAACAUUGGUGAAGCUAAUAUUAGGAAAAGAAUUUAGCAUCGACUGUGUUCCUUCUAAUACGUUUCUUCCGGUACUUAAGAUUCUCUUCCUUCGUUCUGUUUGGUUUAUGGGAACAGAGUUGUCUGAUGUGCUUCUUGCUGGUUGCCCUGCACUUGAGGACUUAACCAUACACCACAAGUAUUUUUUUGGAACACCAGAAAUCAUUUCCAGCAAAAGCCUUAAGAGACUUUCUAUCAUCUCUAAAUGUGCUGAAGAUGUUCAUCUGUUCGAAUUCAUUUCUUUUGAUGCACCAAAUCUUGUUGACCUCUUCUAUGCUGAUUAUGCCCGGCAUAAGUAUUGUCGUUGUAAUUUGGAUUCACUUGUCAAAGCUACACUGGAUCUUCAUUUCCUAGAACCUGAACAUUGUGAUGAGCCAUUUGAACCGAAUGUGACGGUUCUCAUGAAUGGGGUACGCAAUGUCAAGAUGCUUCAAUUGACAUUUUCUGCUACUGAGGUGCUUUCGGAAUGCUGCAAAGGUGGGCUACCUGUGUUCAAGAACCUCCUUGAUUUGGUGUUUUACGGUUACAAAGAAAGAGUUUGGAAAGAGCUACUGCCCCUUAUGCUAGAGAAUUCUCCAAACCUAAAACGUUUGAUGCUCUCGGCAUUGUACCCUUGCACGUAUGAACAUGAGUUUGAUGGGAUCCGCAUUCCACAGACUAACAAAGUAAACUUCUUGGGUAUCAUGUAUUAUCAAGGAACUGAAAACGAGUUGAAGCAUGUCAGCCACUUCCUACUUAAAAUGGAGCAGCUUCAAGUGCUGAAAGUCCACUUCCCAAAGACACUGGUUGACUCCAAAAGGGUGCAACUCAUAGAGGAUUUGUUGAAGCUUCCGAGAGCCUCAUCCACUCUCACGAUGCAAUUUGUUUGAUCAUCAUCGUCGUCAUCAUCAUCAUCAUCAUCAUCUUCAUCAUCAUCAUCAACAACAUCAUCAUCAUCCUCAUCAUCAGCAUCAUCAUCCUUAUCAUCUAUAUAUGUUGUUCUAUAUGUCUUAUGUUUUAAUAAUUUAUGUUGGUCCUUAAACUAUGGCUUCUUGAACAAUUAUUGUCCCUUUUAUAAGUAUCUUUCUUUUAAAGAAUAUUAUUCU